UUAUGUAACUGUCUCUUCCUGCCCAUGCUCUGUGUUAUCUCCAGCUCCCUGUGCUGCGGGAGAUGUGAUGGCCUACCUGGACUGUGACAACAACACAGCAGAGGUGUCCUGGACCCCUGCCUCUGGAGCCUCAUCCUAUAGGGUGAAUGUGGUUGGGUCUAACGGCCACCGCGACUCAUGUGAGUCUGCGGAGGACCGCUGUGAUUUGACAGAGCUGCAGUGUGGACAGAUGUACACCGUCACCCUGUAUGCCAUCAGUGACCAAUGCCAAACUGAGAUUAACACUAACGUCACCUUCAGUACACGGCCCUGUAUGCCACAGAAUGUUGGAGUGGGCCUUGAGUGUGGAACCGGUACAGCCACAUUGGUCUGGGAAGAACAAGAGGGAGUGGAGCUCUACAUGGCGACUGCCACCUGCAGCUCUGGAAUGACUAUGUACUGCAACUCCACAAACUCCACCUGCUGCUUCCACAACUUGAACUGUGGGGAAACCUAUGAAUUCACUGUUAUGGCUCACAGUGGAAUGUGCUGCAGCGAACUCAGCAGCACUGUGGAGAUUCAGACAGCUCCAUGUAUACCAGAUAAUUUGCACGUAUCUCUGAACUGCUCUAUGAAGGUGGGGUCAGUGAGCUGGAACGCCAGUGAAACAGCAGAGUUCUACAUUGUGACAGCAGAGAGUGACAGUGGCCACAAAGUGCAGCUCACCACCAAUAACACCCACAGCUACAUCUCUGAGUUCAUGUGUGGUGAGAAGUAUUACGUGUCUGUUCAGUCUGCAGACUCUACAUGCACAAGUGGCUCCAGUGAACCAUACAUGCUGUUGUCAGAGCCUUGUACUCCAACCGGCGUCUCCAGUGUCAUGAACUGCUUCUCUAAUAUCGCUGUGGUAACGUGGAAUGCAUCAGCUGGGGCCGACUUUUACACCGCUACAGUCACACCAGAAGACGGUCAGUCACAAACCUGCUGGUCCGACAGCGAACAGUGUGGUUUACCAAACCUCCAGUGUGGACAAAACUACACAGUCACUGUUGUUGCCUCCAACGAAGCUUGUAAUUCUGAUCCCAGCGAGGCCGACACACUCCAGUCAGUGCCUUGUGUUCCCAUGGAUGUUGAAGUGAAUUUGGACUGUGACACAAAUGAGGCUGUGGUAUCCUGGAGUGCUAGCCAAGGGGCCCUGAGCUACAAAGUGGUGGCUGAAAGCUCAUUGGGACCCACCUCCACCUGUGAUACUACAGAUCUGUCAUGCACCCUGAAUGACUUGGUCUGUGGACAGUCCUACUCGGUCCAGGUUGUGGCACAGGAUGAUAUCUGCUCAAGUUUGCCCAGCCAAAUAAUAGUCUUCAAUUCAGUUCCAUGCACACCUGACAUUGGCUCUGUGGUCCUCGACUGCUACACCAACUCGGCCAUCCUGGACUGGUCCUUCGCUGAGGGCGCUGUGGACUACAUUGCAACAGCCCGGGCUUCUACUGGCCAUGUUUCCACCUGCAACUCAAACGUCACCUUCUGUGAACUGCCCAACCUGCAGUGUGGUCAGAUUUAUAAUGUCAUUGUUGUGGCAUCAAAUGACAAUUGUAACAGCCUCCCCAGUGGUGUGCUACAGAUAGAAUCAGUGCCUUGUCCUCCUGAGGGUGUUGUAACAGAACUCGACUGUUCCACUAACAGUGCCCUUGUACAGUGGCAGACCAGCACUGGGGCUGAUUCCUACAUCGUCCAAGCUAUCGGUGUGCAAGAGGAUGAAGCCAGCUGCGAAUCCGACUCUGAUUCUUGUGUCCUCUCAGACCUCAUGUGUAGUUUCACCUACAAUAUCAGUGUUAUUGCAGUCAACGAUGUGUGCAACGUGUCACACAGCGCAGUAACGCAGCUGCAUACAGUUCCCUGUGUACCACAAUACGUGCAGUCCAAUGUGGAUUGCGAUUCUGGAAAUGUAGCCGUGUCUUGGGAGCCCAGCAGAGGGGCUUCGGCCUACUAUGCAGUGGCUCAGGGCAGCGGUGGCUAUGCGUCAACAUGUAACAGCAGUACUACAACAUGCGAGUUCACAGACCUGCUAUGCGGCCUCAACUACUCCAUCACUGUCCGUGCUUCAGACGACAUGUGCACCAGCCCUGAAAGCAGUAUGGUGGAGAUAACAACAGUUCCCUGCAUACCACAGAAGGUUACAGCAGAGAUGGAGUGCACCACUAACACAGGUGUUGUGUCCUGGGAAGAAGGAGAGGCAGUAUCAUCCUACUCUGUGCACAUUUAUGGGCCUGAUGGUCACAUGGCCUCGUGUGACACAGAGGAAAAUACUUGCCGACUCGCCGACAUGCACUGUGGCCAACUCUACAAUGUGACGGUGACGGCCAAUGAUGGACGAUGUGACAACAGCCACGCCUAUCUCAACCUGCAGUCAGUGCCUUGCAAGCCCACAAACGUCAAGGCGUCUCUACUGUGCGAGUCAAACUCAGCUGCAGUCACAUGGGAGCGGGCCAGCGGAGCGCAGUUCUAUCGCGCAGUCGGAAUCGCGAGUGAUGGAAGCCACCGGGCCGAGUGUAACAACACCAUGACCUACUGUGAUCUGACUAACCUUCAGUGUGGUACGAUCUACAACGUGACUGUUUGCGCAGAAGAUGAGGCCUGUUCCAGUGAACAUAGCGCUUCAGCUUACGUGCACACAGCUCCGUGUCCACCCCAGAACGUGGUUGUAAAUGCGCAGUGUGCAGAGGGUGCCAUGACAGUGUCCUGGUCCCCCAACCCCGACGCCCAGUACUUCCACGUGGCCGCCGUGAGCAACACAGGAGCAAGACUGUACUGUAACUCAACCAGCACCAGCUGCUCCAUCAGCAGCCUCCCAUGUGGACAGACCUACAAUGUCAGUGUGUUGUCUGUAAGAGAUGACUGUGAGAGCGUAUGGAGUGCUGUCGUGGACACAUGUUCAGCUCCAUGUGUGCCCUUGAACAUUAGAGGAGGCCUGGACUGUGUAUCAAACACUGCCUGGGUGUCAUGGGAUGGCUCACAGGGAGCUGAGAACUACGUCGUCCUGGCUGAGGACGCAAGCGGACAUAACGCCACCUGUACCUCCACCCACUCUCCCUGUAAUGUACCUGAUCUGAAAUGUGCAACACUGUACACCUUCCACGUCACUGCAGUCAACAAACACUGCCCCAGUCAACCCAGCACCACCUUUGAGCUGGAGACAGGUCCUUGUGCUCUGACAUCCAUCAGUGCAGUAACACAGUGCAAUAGCAACAAAAUUCUGGUUGAAUGGGAGCUGUCAGAAAACUCACCUAUCUAUGUGGUGACCGCUGAGGGCCAUGACCAGACCUACAUCACCUGUAACAGCACCACCAGUUCCUGUGAGCUCCAGGACGUCCAAUGCGGCACGCAGUAUAGCAUCAUUGUUGCAACGUCAUCUGACAAGUGCAGCAGCCUCAGAAGUCCACCGAAGAGGAUUAAAACAGCACCCUGCAUCCCAGAAAACGUGACAGUGAUGCCAACCUGUGAGGAAAACGGGGUCGUGGUGUCGUAUGCCGCCUCCUAUGUGGCCACACAGUACAGCGUGGAAGUUGUAGGAAGGGAUGGACACCAAACAAACUGCACAUCCACAAACACCAACUGCACCCUUCCUGAACUACGAUGUGGACAGCCAUACGAAUUAAGUAUCAAAGCCAGUGGAGAGACCUGCACCGGUCCCACCAAGAUGAUGACCUUCCAAUCAGUGCCUUGUGCCCCCACCAGUCUCGCAGUUGAUGUUGACUGUGACACCCAGUCUGCCUACCUGACCUGGGAUGCCAGCGAGGGGGCGGUGGAGUAUUUUGCCUGUGCCCAGUCUAUGGACAGUGCACUCUACUGUGACACUACAGAAAACUCCUGCACCAUUGAAGGACUGGAGUGUGGAGGCAUGUACAACUUCUCUGUUGAAGCUGCUAACGAGUACUGCAACAGCUCAUUCACCGCACCUGUGGAAGAGGGAGUAGCUCCAUGUCCUCCAGCUGCUUUAUAUGUACGGAUGCAGAGGAGUGGUCAAGGUCACUGGUCCAUGAUAUCAUGGGACACUGUCAACUGUUCAGAUGUUGUCUACCUGGUAUCAGUAAUUGCCAACCUCAACAACAAUGAACUGACCCAGAUGGAAGUCACAUCUUAUUGGCUGCCAAGGCCAUACUUCGAGUUUCCAAUUCCUUGCAGCUCAACUUAUGACAUCACUGUUCGUGCCAAAAACUCAGGAGGGGUCAGCGAGCCCUCCGACACCCACAGUUCAAUGUCAGUGCCCUGUGCUCCACAAAAUUUUAGAUACGACGCACAGACUAGUACACUUUCCUGGGAUGCUUCAGUGUUAGCCACAUCUUAUUCAGUUUCCGCUACGGAGCUAGAUGGAUCAUUAACACAGCUUUGUAUCACUUCUGACCUCUCCUGCGGUGUCUCCAGCUUGGAUUCAUUGUCAAACAUUCAAGUGACUGCCAGCAACAGCGAGGGAGAAAGCCUCCCUACUGUUCUAGGAGUAAAUCGUAAGAGAAGAGAUUUGCGGGCCAUGAAAGCCCAAGGUCUGAGGAGAGAAGCUGAAAGUGUCCGAAAAUAGAGUUUCUUUGUAUGUGCAGUGGAAGACAGUGGAUGAUGCGAUCGAGUGCAAACUUGUCAUUGAGGAGAUGUGGAAAUGUGAAAGGCCAAUGUUACAUAGAGACUGACCUUAAGUCCAGGACCACCUACUGCAUCCAACUUGCAGCCAGAAACACCGUCAAGCAACGCUGCUACACCAGGACAGUGUGCAAAACCACUGGCACCCCCAAAUG